AACGAUAAGAUUCUAAUAGUAGGAAUCGCUUCCAUAACUAGCAGACGACUAAGUCUAGCAGACGGCGCAUAGCUAGCGUCGUUCGCGGGCGCUUGCGACUUUGUUUCAAAAUCGAAGAUUGUUGAACGCCAAAAGAUACGGUUUUUGUAAACGAAACUGAAGAGUUAAUUGUGAAAAAAAUAGAAAUCAAUCGAAAUGGAUCCCGAAGCAUUCCUGGAUAUGGCCAAUCAGGUCAUUAAAUUGAAAAUGUUCCCGUACUUUGAUAUCGCACACUGCGUACUCUGUGCAUUACACGUCAGAGAAGAUUUAGGACCCGGUGCUCAAGCAUUUUCUCGGAAACAUCCUCUAUCAUGUUGGCUUUCAACAAUGUUGGUAGUGUUUGCAAGUGGUAUGCUAUGCAAUGGUCUUUUAGGAGAACCUAUUCUUGCACCUUUAAAAAACACACCACAAGUAAUAGUAGCAACCAUUGUUUGGUAUGUGAUAUUUUAUACACCAUUUGAUAUUGGAUAUAAAAUUGCUAAAUUUUUACCAGUAAAAAUUAUAUGUGCUACUAUGAAAGAAAUAUAUAGGUGUAAAAAGGUAUAUGAUGGAGUAACUCAUGCAGGAAAACUUUAUCCAAAUGCAUAUCUUAUUAUGGUAUUAAUUGGAACACUCAAAGGAAAUGGAGCAGGUUUUACAAAGCUUUUUGAACGACUUAUACGGGGAGUAUGGACUCCAACUGCUAUGGAAUUUAUGCAACCUAGUUUCCCUACAAAAGCAUCAAUGGUUGCAUCCAUUAUUUUCGUCCUAGACAAAAAGACUGAUCUUAUUUCGGCACCUCACGCACUGGUUUAUUUUGGUAUCGUUAUUUUCUUCGUGUAUUUCAAGCUAUCAUCCAUUCUACUUGGAAUCCAUGAUCCGUUUGUACCAUUUGAAAAUCUAUUCUGUGCGUUAUUCCUCGGAGGAAUUUGGGAUUCGUUAGCCAAAUUGCUGGGCCGAGGCCAAGCUAAAGAUGAGAAAACAGAUGCCAAAAAAAAGGAUUAAAUAUACAAUUUCUCCAAAAUGGAUUUUAAUAUUUGCAAUGAUUUGAUUCACUGAGAAUCAAUAAAUGAUAUUAAUUUAAAUUAGUCAGACUCAUAUUCUCAUGUUUUAAAAUAUGACCAUGGACAAAUUAUUAAAUAUUGAAAGUACAAUAAUUUAUUAUCAAAUAUAUUUUAAUAAUUAUAAGUGAUAUAUGUUGAGGAGUAUGACUUCCAUUGUUAAUAAUAUCAACAGUAUUAUUUCUGUUGAGAGUAAUAUAAAACUUGUUAACA